AUGGCGACCGCAGCUCUCUGCUCCGCUCCCAGCCUUUCCGCAAGCCUCGCGCUCUCGCGGAGGGGAGAAACCGCCGGAGCACAGCAGUUGCCAGUCGCGCUAAGCAGCGCGGCCGCAAGAACCAGCGCGUUCGACGUGGCCUCGCUGCGGAAGCAGCGCGGUCGUCAUGGCGUAAAUGUUGCUCGCCAGCCAGUGCAGGCCAGAGCUGGCGAUAAGCCUUCCCCAUCCGCCGAGCCGUCCGAUGCUUCUCGCGUGGCAACAACGGUGGCAGGCAAAGCCGUCGCCGCCGUGCUAGCUGCUAUUCAGGUGCUUGCGCCAGUGUCCGCCGCGUUCGUUCCCAUACUGGCGCAGCCGCCACCCGCGGAAGCCAUCCUGCUCUCCCCGGACACCAAGGUCCCGCGCAAUGCUGACGUGGCGCUCCGCCGCGCCGUGCCAGUUGUCAACGAGGCAGUCAGGAAGAUCCAAGAUGAGCUGGAGGAGAUCACAACGCUCAUGCGCAUCCCACAGAAGAAGCCGUACAAGACAAUGGCAGCCAACGUGAAUAAGGCAGUCAAGUUGGCUGAGGCCAAUCAAGCAGCGAUUCUAGAAGCUGUGCCUGCUGCCGACAGGGAGAGGGCAGCAGCCAUUUACAACGACCUUGUCAAUUCCAAGAGCGGCUUCCCCGGCCUCCUAGCAGCGAUAGAGGACAAGGACCCGGACCGUGUCUCCAUCCGCCUCGCCUCCUCCCUCAACGACGUGGCUAAUCUCUCGCUGCUGCAAGCCACAGGCCUCCAGUUCCUCAUCCCCAACCAAUACGCCAGCCUCCCACGGCUAACAGGCCGGGCAACAGUGGAGUUUGCUGUGUUAAAGGCGGAUGGUUCCUACUUCUCCCUUGAUAACGGAGCCACCUCUGCUCUCACAGGCGUGCUGCAGGUGGUUCUGGACGGUUACUCUGCUCCUCUCACAGCCGGAAACUUUGCUCAGCUGGUAUCCCGCCGCGCAUAUGACGGAGUGGCAGUGAAAGCCACUGACCUCGCCGUCCUAUCCGACGCUCGAGAUCCCUCUGCUGGCCGGGACGUGCCUCUUGAGAUCAUGCCAGCUGGCGAGUUCCAGCCCAUCUACCGCACACCGCUGGACGUGCAGGACGGUGAGCUCCCAGUGCUGCCCAUGUCAGUGUUCGGGGCAAUGGUCAUGGCCCACUCUCCAGAGAGCGACUCCUUCAGCCAUCCCUCGCAGUUCUUCCUCUACAAAUACGACAAGAGACGGUCUGGGUUGGGUGGACUUGCCUUUGACGAGGGCCAAUUCUCAGUUUUCGGGUAUGUGACGAAGGGUAGGGAUGUUUUGGCACAGCUUCGUACUGGCGAUGUGAUUCAAUCAGCUCGUAUCGUGGCCGGGGCUGAUAGGCUAUCAGUCCCAAACAUGAAGCUGAAGCAGCUCGAGUCGCUCCUUGGAGAUGUGCAACAGUUCGACAAUCCCAAGAUUGAGUUGGAGCAGUACCCCACGGGGCCUCACAUAGCCUCUCGCAUGCUCUAUGAGAUCCACACGCGCUUUGAUGAUGUGGAGGGGCGUACAGUGCUUGACCUCGGCUGUGGGUGCGGCACCCUAGGGAUUGCCGCAGCAAUGCUGGGAGCAGAGUAUGUGGUGGGAGUGGACGCGGAUGACUCAGCCAUUGCCACAGCACAGGCCAACUGUCAAGAGUAUGAGAUUGACAUGGACUUCAUUCAGGCAAAACUUCCCCACUUGUCUCUCACUAGUGGCUCAGUUGAGGUGGUGGUGAUGAAUCCGCCCUUUGGCACGAGAACCAAGGGUGCUGACAUGCUCUUCUUAGCAGCAGGGCUCAAGGUUCUCUUGCCUGGAAAGGAAUUUGUUGGACCCGUUUCACCAGCUGGAAACCGACCUAUCUAUUGGUGUAACGGAUUCCAAGCAUACCUGGUCUCCAUUGUUACAUACAUCUUCAUCUGGAGAGCCGGGUGGUUCAACCCAUCCCUCGUGUACGAUAACUUUGGCAGCAUCCUCUCUGCCCUCAACGUCGCCAGCCUACUUCUCUGCCUCUUCCUCUACGCCAAGGACUUCUUCUGGGGCAUGGAGCUGUACCCGCGCAUCGGCAAGUACUUUGACAUCAAGACCUUCACCAACUGCCGCUUUGGCAUGAUGUCAUGGGCGCUGCUGGCCGUCACGUACGCCAUCAAGCAGGUGGAGGCGAAUGGGCGAGUAGCGGAUUCCAUGGUUGUUAGCGUGGCGCUCAUGCUGGUUUACAUCUCCAAGUUCUUCUACUGGGAGUCAGGGUACUGGAGCACCAUGGACAUCCAGCACGACCGAGCCGGCUACUACCUCUGUUGGGGCUGCAUGGUGUGGGUGCCCUGCAUCUACACCUCGCCCGCCCUCUACCUCGUCAACCAUCCCCUGCAACUUGGCACUCCCGUCGCUCUGGCCAUGUUUCUGAGUGGCUGUGCUUGCAUUGCAAUCAACUACGACUCGGAUCGCCAACGGCAGCACUUUAGAUCCACACACGGCCGCUGCACCAUCUGGGGCCGCCCUCCUGCCAAGAUUGAAGCAGAGUAUGUGACAGAGAAGGGCGAGAACAAGAAGAGCUUGCUGCUUGCUUCAGGAUGGUGGGGACUCUCUCGCCACUUCCACUACGUGCCAGAAAUCCUGGCUUCCUUCUUCUGGACGUUCCCAGCUCUCUUCAACAAUGGCAUUCAGUAUUUCUACUGCAUCUACCUCACAAUCCUCCUAUUUGACCGAGCUGUCCGUGAUGACGUGCGCUGCAAAAAGAAGUAUGGCAAGUUCUGGGACAAGUACUGCAAGCUGGUACCUUACAAGGUGGUUCCAGGCAUCUUCUAG